AUCUCGGAAAAAGAAGAAUCUUUUCCUGAACUGGAACUGGAAUUAAAGUCCGCUGGCAGCUCCGGACAUCUGCGAUACAGAGAUUACUUGUACCCCGGCGUCUCCAGGCUGGUAAGCAAGAGGGAUGGGGAGCGGCGCCGGGGAGCGGGGCCGGGCUGGCGGGCGGCCAGUGCUCUUUCCCUUCCUGCUGGCUUUGUUCUGCCCCGCGCUCUCGGAGCAGAUCCGCUACAGGAUUCUCGAGGAGAUGCCCAAGGGCUCGGUAGUGGGGAACCUCGCCAAGGACCUGGGCUUCAGUGUCCAGGAGUUGCCGACUCGAAAACUGCGCGUCAGUCCGGAGAAACCUUACUUCGCCGUGAGCGCAGAGAGCGGGGAGCUGCUUGUGAGCAGCAGGCUAGACAGGGAGCAGAUAUGCGGGAGGAACCCAGCUUGUGCUCUGGAAUUCGAGGCUGUUGCUGAAAAUCCCCUGAACUUUUAUCACGUGAAUGUGGAGAUCGAGGACAUUAAUGACCACACGCCGAAAUUCGCGCAAGAUUCCUUUGAGCUGCAAAUUAGUGAGUCCGCACAGCCGGGCACACGAUUUAUCCUAGAAGUAGCAGAAGAUGCAGAUAUUGGCUUAAAUUCUCUGCAGAAGUAUAAACUCUCUCCUAGUCCUAGUUUCUCGUUGAUAAAUAAGGAGAAACAAGAUGGUAGUAAAUACCCGGAACUGGCACUGGAGAAGCCCUUAGACCGGGAACAACAGAGUUACCAUCGUUUAGUCCUGACUGCCUUGGACGGUGGAGAUCCUCCCCUAAGCGGAACCACUGAGCUUCGGAUCCAGGUGACUGAUGCCAAUGAUAACCCUCCUAUAUUCAAUCAGGACGUGUACAACGUCAGCCUUCGGGAAAACGUGCCCCCAGGCACCGUUGUGCUGCAGGUGUCAGCCACCGACCAGGACGAGGGCGUCAACUCAGAAAUUACUUAUUCCUUCUACAGAACUGGGCAAGUCUUCAGUCUGAAUUCAAAGAACGGGGAAAUUAGAACUGAAAGAACGCUGGAUUUCGAAGAAACCAAGGAAUAUUCUAUAGUGGUGGAAGCGAGGGAUGGUGGAGGACUGGUUGCACAAUGUACAGUUGAAAUUAGCAUUCAAGAUGAAAACGACAAUAGCCCAGAAGUCACGUUCCAUUCUCUCCUCCAAAUGAUUCUGGAAGACGCAGCGCCAGGAACACUAAUUGCUUUGAUCAAAAUACAUGACCAAGAUUCUGGGGGAAAUGGCGAGGUUAACUGUCGAUUAGAAGGUGAAGUCCCUUUUAAGAUCAUCUCUUCGUCCAAAAAUUCAUACAAAUUGGUAACAGAUGGGCCCUUGGAUCGAGAGCAGACUCCAGAGUACAACGUCACUAUCAUAGCCACAGACCGGGGCAAGCCGCCUCUCUCCUCUAGCAUAACCGUCACCCUGCACAUCGGCGACGUCAACGACAACGCUCCGGUUUUCCAACAGGCAUCCUACGUGGUCGACGUGGCCGAGAACAACCCUCCAGGAGCCUCCAUCGCGCAGGUCAGCGCGUCAGAUCCAGAUUUGGGGCGGAACGGCCACAUCACCUACUCGAUCGUGGCCAGCGACCUGGAGCCCGGGUCGCUGUCGUCCUACGUGUCGGUGAGCGCGCAGAGCGGCGUGGUGUUCGCGCAGCGCGCCUUCGACCACGAGCAGCUGCGCGCCUUCGAGCUGACGCUGCAGGCCCGCGACCAGGGCUCGCCCGCGCUGGGCGCCCACGUGAGCCUGCGCGUGCUGGUGGGCGACCGCAACGACAACGCGCCGCGGGUGCUGUACCCCGCGCUGGGGCCCGACGGCUCCGCGCUCUUCGACACGGUGCCGCGCGCCGCGGAGCCCGGCUACCUGGUCACCAAGGUGUCUGGACCCGUGGUUCCCCCCAACUACAGCGAGGGCACCUUGCCUUAUUCUUACAAUCUGUGCGUUACGCACACAGGAAAGACCGAGUUUAAUUUCCUACAAUGUAGUGAGCAGUUGAGUUCAGGACAAGACGUACUUUGUGGCGAUUCAUCUGGGGCCUUAUUUCCACUUUGUAAUUCCAGUGAGUCGACUUCCCAUCCUGAUUCGCUCAAUCAGCACCCCAUCCGGAUUUUCAAUUCUGCAACUACACAAAGCCCCGCAGAUCCCACAAACCGGCUCCCCAACUGCAGCAAAACUCAACCUCUAAACUUGGAGCACUCCGGGUUUCUCCUGAGGAAAAAGACAUCAUAUUUUGCAGGAAGGAAAAAAGAACCUGAUGAGAAAGCGUGCAUAGAGAGCAUUUUGAGAAAAUUCCGUAGCGAAGCAGCAAUGGCAGCUCCAACCAAAUGCCAGCACCGCGGAAGACUAAUCCUGCUGUGCGCGUUCCUGGGGACGCUGUGGGAGGCCAGGACCGAUCAGAUUCGCUACUCGGUGCCUGAAGAGACGGAAAAAGGCUAUAUUGUGGGCAACAUCUCUAAGGACCUGGGGCUGAAGCCCCGGGAGCUGGCGGAGCGCGGAGUCCGCAUCGUCUCCAGAGGUAGGAUGCAGCUAUUUGCUCUGAACCCGCGAGGCGGCAGCUUGGUGACUGCGGGGAGGAUAGACCGGGAGGAGCUCUGCGCUCAGAGCCCGCGGUGUCUUGUGAACUUUAAAGUCCUGGUUGAAGACAGAGUAAAACUGUACGGAAUAGAAAUAGAAGUAACUGAUAUCAACGACAGUGUCCCAAAAUUCGAGGCCGAAAAUCUGGAAAUAAAAAUAAACGAAAUCGCUGCUCCUGGAGCACGUUUUCCCCUCCCAGAAGCUGUUGACCCGGAUGUGGGCGUGAACUCCCUGCAGAGCUACCAACUCAGCCCCAAUCACUACUUCUCCUUGGACGUGCAAACUGGAAACGAUGGGACUAUAAACCCAGAGCUGGUGCUGGAGCGCGCCCUGGACCGAGAGGAAGAGGCUGCUCACCACCUGGUCCUCUCCGCCUCCGAUGGCGGCGACCCGCGUCGCUCCAGCACAGUGCGCAUCCAUGUGACAGUGUUGGAUACAAAUGACAAUGCCCCUGUUUUUUCUCAACCCAUUUACCGAAUGAAAGUCCCUGAGAACGUGCCCCCUGGUACCCAGCUGCUUACUGUAACAGCUAGCGACCUGGAUGAGGGAACCAACGGAAAAGUGGCAUAUAAAUUUCGGAAAAUUAAUGAAAAGCAAUCUCCAUUAUUCCAGCUUAAUGAAAAUACUGGGGAAAUAUCAACAGCAAAAAGUCUGGAUUACGAAGAAUGUUCAUCUUACGAAAUGGAGGUACAGGCUGAAGAUGGUGGUGGAUUGAAAGGACGGACUAAAGUGCUCAUUUCGGUGGAGGACGUAAAUGACAAUAGACCCGACGUGACCAUUACGUCUCUCUUUAGCCCAGUGAGGGAAGACGCUCCUCAGGGAACGGUAAUUGUUCUGUUCAAUGCUCAUGACCGGGACUCUGGGAAGAAUGGCCAAGUUGUCUGUUCUAUCCAGGAGAAUCUAGUUUUUAAAUUAGAGAAUUCAGAAGAAGAAUAUUAUAGAUUGUUGACAGCCGGAAUUCUUGACCGAGAAAAAGCCUCGGAAUAUAACAUCACAGUGACCGCAACAGACAGAGGAAUGCCGCCUUUGUCCUCGCAAAUUCACAUCACCCUGCACGUGACUGACAUCAACGAUAAUGCACCUGCCUUCUCUCAAGCCUCCUACUCAGUCUACCUGCCCGAAAACAACCCCAGAGGCGCCUCCAUUUUCUCAGUGGCUGCCCAUGACCCUGACAGCAAUGAGAACGCUAGGGUUAUUUACUCCUUGGCAGAAGACAGCAUCCAGGGGGCUCCUCUCUCCUCCUUUGUCUCCAUUAACUCCGACACUGGUGUGCUGUAUGCACUUCGCUCCUUCGACUAUGAGCAGUUUCGCGCUAUGCAGAUGGAGGUGAGGGCAAGUGACAGUGGAAACCCACCCCUCAGCAGCAACGUGUCAUUGAGACUAUUUGUUCUGGACCAGAACGACAAUGCGCCUGAGAUCCUGUACCCCGCCCUCCCCACCGACGGUUCCACGGGUGUGGAGCUAGCACCCCGCUCCGCAGAGCCCGGCUACCUGGUGACCAAGGUGGUGGCGGUGGACAGAGACUCGGGCCAGAACGCCUGGCUGUCCUACCGCCUGCUCAAGGCCAGCGAGCCCGGGCUCUUCGCGGUGGGGCUGCACACGGGCGAGGUGCGCACGGCGCGGGCCCUGCUGGACAGAGACGCGCUCAAGCAGAGCCUCGUGGUGGCUGUCCAGGACCAUGGCCAGCCCCCUCUCUCAGCCACCGCCACUCUUACUGUGGCUGUGGCUGACAGCAUCCCCGAUGUCCUGGCCGACCUGGGCAAUCUUGAGAUCCCUGGGGACCCAGAGGCCUCGGACCUUACCCUCUACCUUGUCGUGGCCGUCGCAGCAGUCUCCUGUGUCUUCCUCGCCUUUGUCAUCAUGCUGCUGGCAUUCAGGCUUCGGCGCUGGCACAAGUCACGCCCGCUCCAAGCUACAAGUGGUGGGUUGGCAGGGGUACCCGCCUCACACUUUGUGGGCAUGGACGGCGUUCGGGCUUUCCUGCAGACCUAUUCCCAGGAGGUAUCACUCACUGCAGACUCUGGGAAGAGUCACCUGAUCUUUCCCCAGCCCAACUACGCAGACACACUCAUCAGCCAGGAGAGCUGUGGGAAAAGUGAGCCUUUGUGUGCUUCAGUUGAUGGCAAAGUUCCUAUAGAAGACACUCCCUUGGCUCCCGUGAGUUCCAUUUUUUAA